GGCCGGCAGGCGGCGCACGCGCGGACGGACCGUCCGACAGACAGACAGAUGGGCAGACUGGCGCCCCUCGGCAGAUGUGAAGUGUCCAUUUCCAACAAGACCGGACAAUGGGUAUGUGAACUACCCGAAAAAGAUAGCACUUGAUUACAAGGACGAAGCCACCUAUGGCUGCCAUAAUACCUACACCUCGGAUGAACUGGAAACAGUGUAAUGUGGAAAGACAGGAACUUGGUCUGCUCAGUUGACUUGUAAAGAAAGCUACGGAUUCUUGGAUCUACCAUAUAUAAUCAGAGCUGUCAAGCAUCUUUAAAGUGACUGAGAAAAUGGAUAGGUCUGGGAGAUUUAAGUACGUCAACAGAAAUGCGUUCACUGGCUAUUGGUGAAAGACGAAGGAGAUGAAAACUUACAGACAUUGGCCAACUGAAAAAAAGCUUCCAGCUGUGCCUAUGUUAAGUUUGGCAUCGUACUGAGGUUGGUGAGCAAGGAAUCCCGUUGUGAUAUGAGAUGAAAAACGGAGGCAAACUGCAGGGAUGAGGCAGUUAGCACCGCAUUGUUGUUGCCCACCAAGAAGAAGUAUUUUCAGGAGCUGUUGGUGGAAGUGAGAAAGGAACAAAUAACUGAACUCCUGAAGCAGAGUUGAGGAGGCUGUCCUGCAAAGAGAAGAUAUGGAGCAGCCUUUAGAAGAAGGUGUAUUGGUGCGGAGGUCCUUUCAUGCUGCUUGGCCAGUUUUUACAAUGAUGUAACAACCUUGUAUUAAUCAGCAAUUGUGGAGGCUGCCAACUUCAGGUUUAUUGAAAUGGGUAGCGAAGAAGAGAAAUGGGAGAAAUUGGAUGCAGAGUUUGAUCACUUUGUAGUAGACAUGAAGCCUUAUGUUCUGAAAUUGAUUCAUAGGUCAGAACGUCAGAGAUGUGCGAUUUGGAUUAAAAAACUCUGUGAGCCCUCAGGAGUAGGUACAGGAAUAAUGGGUAGGAAGAAUCGGAACCUAUACGCAAAACUGUUGCUGCAUAUGCUAAAAAGAGGAGUAUUAGAAGGGCCAUUUACACAUCGACCCGAACCAGGAACGCUGAAAAAUUUACCUUCGUAUAUGUCCAUCUAUUUUGAUGAACCAAAUAUAGCAAGAGCAAAAAGUUCAAGUCCCGAAGUAUUACCAGGCUGGGUAGUGGAUGAGCUGGGGCAAAGUGAACCAAAAGUAGAUGAAUCCUGGAAAUAUUCAUCUGGAGAAGAGAGUGCAAAGGCGGUAUCACCAGAAGUUGCCCAGAGUAGGCGACAAAGUGCCGGCCAGCUACGAAUGAGGUCACAUUCUAUGAGCCCAACUCACAGAACAGAGGAAGAAAACGUGGCCACACAGAUGCCUGGAAACCGCCCCCCAAACCCUCCUGUUUCUUUGGAUAACAGUGACAUUGAAGCUCGCCUUAAUAAUUGGAACCUUGGGCUAGAAAAUCCACGGUAUUUGCGAGAAAAGCCCAUCCCGAUAUCACUGAUGACUCCGAGACUGGGCCUGCGGAAAAGCAUCGGUUUCCAUGAUGACCAGUUUUCCUUUCGAACGUAUGAAAAAGAGUUGGAGAUGAAAACAAAGAUAAUGGAAGCUAAAUUCCACGAAGAGAAGCUUCAACUGCAGCAGAAACAUGACACUGAUAUUCAGAAGAUCUUAGAUAGAAAGAAUAAUGAGACGGAGGAACUGAAAGCCUUUUAUAAAGCGAAACAAAAUGAAGCCGAGGAUGCGAUUAGAAAACUUGAAAAGAAAGUUCAGACCCUUGUCCGUGACUCACAAGUGGUCAGAGAAACUAAAGAAAUCCAGAUUGUGGAAUUGAAGAAGUUAUGUGAGCGGAGCACAGAAUCUUUGAAUAAUGAUUGGGAAAAAAAGCUUCACAAUGCGGUGGCAGAAAUGGAAAAGGACAAGAUUGAACUUCAAAAGAGACACACUGAAAAUAUCCAAGACUUGCUUGAGGAUACAAAUUUGCGCCUCAGUAAAAUGGAAGCUGAGUACUUGGCACAGACAACUGCAACGAACCAGGUGGUCCAAGAUCUAGAGACUCGGGUCCAGCAACUGACGGGAGAGGCAGAGAACAGUAAUUCGCAGAGGCAGAAAUUGUGUCUGGAAAAGACAGAGCUGGAGAAGAACUACCAAGUAACAUGCAGUGAACUGCAGGAAGUAAAGGCAAGGUGCCACUCUCUUCAUAAGGAGCAGGAUCGCGUCAUACAAGAUUAUGAGAAGAAUAUUAAGCUACUCCAAAGCAGAUAUGAUGCAGAUAUGCAGCUUCUGAAGCAGGAUCAGGUGUUGAGUACUGCAAAGGCAACUGAUUUGAUUGAUGAAUUAGAACAGAGUGUGUCUCAAUUAAAACAACAGUUACAAGAUUCCGAACAUCAAAGAAAGCAGCAGCUGAGGGAUCAAGAAAACAAAUUCCAACAGGAAAAACUCCAUUUAGAUCAUGCGUAUGAAAAAAAGGUUCAGAACUUCCUGAGUGACCGUGAUAAAGAGAAAGGAGAUGCUCAGAAGAAAAUGCAUAAACUGGAGGAGGCUUUGAAGGAGAAGGAGGAGCAAUUGACUCGGGUGACAGAGAUCCAGAAGCUGCAGGCUCAGCAGGCUGAUUCUGCCCUGGAGGAGUUUAAGCGGCAUGUGGAGUUGAACUCAGAAAAAGUCUAUGCUGAAAUGAAACAGCAGAUGCACAAAGUGGAGACAGAUCUAAACCGAUCUAAAUCUCUUCGGGAGAAACAGUCUAAGGAGUUUUUAUGGCAGCUAGAAGAGGUCAGACAGAGAUACGAGCAGCAGAUAGUAGAGCUGAAGCUGGAGCAUGAACAGGAGAAGACGCACCUAUUCCAGCAGCAUAGCACAGAGAAGGAAUGCCUAGUCCAAGAUCAUGAACGGGAAAUUGAAAACCUGGAAAAACAGCUUCGCGCUGCCAUGAUGGAUCACGAAAAUAAAAUUCAAGAGUUCAGGAAACGAGAUGCACAGAUCAUCUGCGAUAUGGAAACCCAAAAUCGGAAGCUGAGAGAGGAACUGGUUCAGGUGAAUUCUCAGCGGAAGCAGCAGCUGGUCGAGCUUGGCCUGCUGCGGGAAGAGGAAAAGCAGCGGGCCGCUCGGGACCAUGAAUCGGCAAUCAGCAGGCUCAAGGCUGAAUCGGAGAAGAAGAAGUUAGAAUUGAAGAGGGCACAUGCAGCCGAAACCGAAGUGGCCCUGGAAAAGGCUAACAGCAGGUUGAAGCAGAUUGAGAAGGAAUACAAUCAGAAGCUCACCAAAUCAUCCCAGAUCAUAACUGAACUUCAGACAAGCCUUGCCUCCCUGAGAGAGGAGAGCGGCCGACAGCAGCUAGCUUCAGAAAGGCGACUCCAGGAUGUUGUUCAAAAACUGGAUGAUGAGAAGAAGCAGCUGAUUAAAGAUAAUGACCGAGCAAUCAAGGCUUUACAAGACAAGCUGGAAAACUGUAGCAGUCAGGUGCGGAUCACUGAGAAAAAGCUUCACCACAAGGAGCUGGAAUCACAGGAACAGAUGAUCUGCGUACGACAAGAGUAUGAAUCAAAACUCAAAGGUCUGAUACCAGCAUCUGUGAGACAAGAACUGGAAGACACCAUUUCCUCUUUAAAAUCUCAGGUUAACUUUCUGCAGAAGAGAGCAUCCGUCCUGCAAGAUGAACUAAAUGCCUACAGGAGCCGGAGGUAACCGCUGGGGGAGAAGGACGUCAUCCCAACCACCUGGGCGUUUCUUUCAGCAGGUUUGAAGAUUUGGAUCUUGUAAAUUAAACCGUGAGAUCGAUGCCCCUUUACAUAGUUGAAAUAGAGAUGUAAUUAAGACGGUAAAAGAGCAUCCAUAGUUCCUGCCAGGAUUUUUUUUUCUCUUCCAUCUAGUUUCAGUUAUUUUUUAUCAUCCCCUCAUUUCUGAGGUGCCUGUUUGAUGCGUUUUGAAUGUGUGCAGAAUACACUUAUCGGGAAAUGAAAUUAUUUCUUUUGAUAGUCGCCCUGUUACUGCUUCCUAAUAUCAUUUUACCUGCGCCAUUACAUAUUAUCCUAGUCACAUUGAUAUUAUUAUGUUCUCUAAAGGCUUUUGUUGUUGUUGAUUUUUUUACGUUU